UAAUGAGUGCAGUGGAAGAAAUUGAAAGAUGUUUAGCAUAAGCAAUUCAAUAAAGAACUGCAACAGAAAUCAUAGCAACUAUGGGUACAAAAGUCCUAACUCUAUAGAAUUUUUAAUAAUUGAUAAAGAAAAACAAUAAAAAUAUUAUUAAUAAGGAAGUUGAGGAAUAUUAUUACAAAAUAUUAACAGAUUUUGAUAGCAGAGUUGGAAUUACAUAAGAAAUAUUUGAGAAGAUGGUUGAGAAUUUACCUAAACCAAAAAGAAGGUAAGAUGUUGUAAUGAGUUUAAUUGAAGGAAUAUAAUCAAAGAAAGCUUCUUUAGAAAGAAUAUAUAAAUUUUUUGAUUAUGAUGGAGAUGGUAAAAUGCAAUUAAAUGAAAUCAAAGAACUUUUAGAAUAUUUAUAUCCAGAGAUUAAUGAAGAAGAUAUUAAGAUAUUAAUGAAAAAUAAUAAUGAAGUCUAAUUUUCAUUCGAAAAUAUUAAGACUUUAUUGUCUUUUGAAUAAAAUAUGAAUGCUGAAAUUGUUAUAGUGAAAGAUGAAAAUGAAAUUAGUGAUAGUGAAGAUGAUGAUGAGUAUUAUGAUGAAUAUGGAAUGUUUAAGGGAAAUCAAGAAGAAUACUUUGAUGAAUAUUGUUUUACUGAAGAUUCUCCUUUUUAUUAAGAUUUUAUGAAUUUCAAAAAUUUAUACUUUAAAUUGAAAGAAUCUAAAACAUUGUUUAUUGAUCCUGAUUUCAAACCUGAUGAAACAAGUCUAGGAAAUGUAGAUGAGAAAUUUGAAUGGAAAAAAUUGACUGAAAUUUGGAAAAAUGCAUAAAUUUUUUAAAAGGAUUUAUAUCAUUCAAAUAAUGAAUUAGGAGUACAUACUUUAGUAUCUCCAAGAGACAUUAAACAAGGAUUACUUGGAGAUUGUUAUUUUUUAUCAUCUUUAGGAUCAAUAGCCAGCAAAUAGUAUAUUUAUUAUGUUUAUUUUUAGUCCUGAUAAGAUAUUUGAUUUAUUCUAGACUCCUAUUAUAAAUUCUUAUGGGGUUUAUGGUGUUUGGCUUUGUAUUUAAGGGAUUUGGAAAUUGAUUACUCUAGAUGAUUAUGUACCUAUAUAUAAUGAUCAGCCAGCAUUUAGUGGUAGUGAUUCUUAAGAAAUGUGGGUUAUUUUAUUGGAAAAAGCAUGGGCUAAAAUAUUUGGAAGUUAUGGUAAUAUUAUUAGUGGGGAUCCAAGAGAGGUUAUAGCUAGUAUUACUGGAGGACCAACUUGGUGUAUAAGUAGUGAUGAAAGCACUUUUAUUGAGAGAUUGAAAUAGAUUAUGAAUUCAUAUCAAAAUUAUAUUGUGUGUGCAGGAACAUAUUCUGAUAAGCCAGAAUAUGAAAAAUUGGGAUUAGUGAGAAAUCAUGCUUAUUCAGUAUUAAACUUUAGAACUAUCAAAUUGCCAAGUAAAGAAGAAGUUUAACUUAUUUAAUUGAAAAAUCCAUAUGGAAAUGAUCAAGAAUGGAAUGGAGAUUGGAGUGAUAAAAGUCCACUUUGGACUUAAGAAUUAAAAGACAAUGUUUUAUAAAACUAAGAGGAAGAUGGCAUAUUCUUUAUGUGUAUUGAGGAUUUUAGAAAGCAUUUUGAAAAUGUUUUUAUAGGAUUUUGUAAUCCUUAUUUUAAAUUUUUCUAAAUUACAAUAUAAUGUUAGAAAAAGAAAUCUGCAUAUAUUUUAUUAAAUAUUAAAAAGGAUGGAGAUUAUUAUUUUUCUGCCUAUUAGAAAUCUUAAAGAAUGUUUAAAUAAUAAUCAAAAGAUUUAUAAUAAUAAUAUGAUUAUUCAGAAAUGCGUUUGAUACUAUCUAGAAUGAAUAAAAAUAAUUCCAUUUAACCUUUAACAUAUAAGACUGAAACAGAUAUGAGUUUCAAUAUAUAUGGAAGAUUGUAGAAAGGAUAAUAUAUAUUAUAACUUAAAGUAAAUUGGAUAAUGGAGGGAUGGGAUUAGAGUGAUGUUCCAUUGGUUUCAUAUGGAGAAGACACAACUGAAAUGAAAUUUUGUUAGAAAAUAUCCAAUUUCUAACAAGCAUCUAUUUUAUUUGAAGCUAAGGAAAAAAGAGCUGAAGCCAAACCACUUAAUCCUUCUCAUCCUGAACUUGUUGUAUUGAAAAAUAAAUCAUAAGCAUAUGGGUAAUUCUUAUAUAUUUAAUAAAUAGAUAUCCUUAUCUUUAUUAUUAAAAUUUAUCAAAAGAAAAGACAUUUAAUUUUGAGUUAUUAUUUGAAGGAGAUAUUAAAUUAAAGAAACCUCAUAGUGGUAAUUAAGUGGAGAUUGAACUUAAACCAGGUUAAGAUAGAUUGAUUGUCUAUAAAUUUAUGGUGAAGGGAGCUAAAAUGAAAUAUCAAAUACACAAAUUUAAAUGCGGAAGUGUAUAAUGAA